UGCAUUUCCGGUGUCGAGGUUGGAUGGGAGCCUCGUGGUUCAUUGUGGUUCGUCCAUUUUCCUUUCUGUUUGAGCUGGGAUUGAACUGUUGCUGGCAGUCUGCGGAGAAAUAUGAUGCGGGGAAUAAUACGAAUACGAGAAGUUCACAGUUGGAAAUUACAGGGCAGUAGUGUGGCGACACAUGCCUCCCUCCCCUCACUCACCAUGGAGUCCCACCAGGGACACUGCAGCACAAUCUUUGAGGCAGAUCUUAAUUCUGAAGAUAUUCAUGAAUUACAGGCAGACUUUAUAUCUGAAGAUACUUUUGAAUACAGGCGGCCUUAAUUCUGAAGAUAAUUUUGAAUUACGGGCGGACCUUAAUUCUGAAGAUAAUUUUGAAUUACGGGCGGACCUUAAUUCUGAAGAUCAUUUUGAAUUAUGGACUUUAUAUCUGAAGAUACUUUUGAAUACAGGCGGCCUUAAUUCUGAAGAUAAUUUUGAAUUACGGACCUUAUAUCUGAAGAUACUUUUGAAUUACAGGCGCAGAGAUGCCAUCCAAGAUGAUUGCCAUCAUCUAUGCUGUUCUGAUCUUGGGGAAAGAAUUCCACGCCGAGCCGAUUGUUGUGCCAGGUUCAUCAUCCGGGAUCAUGCUACAGGAUACGGCAGGGUUCAUCAUGACCAACAAGAGAAUCUUAUCCCAGAAGGUCUAUAUAAGCCUAGACCCGCGCUGUGUCAUCGAAAGACAAGUCAACGUAUCCGAGAUCCGAUCACCAGAGAUUCAAACUUGGUAUCGAUUGCACAUCGGAUAUUCCCAAGAGUGGAUUACUCAGAUCCUGGAGCAAGCCCGGAAAACCUUGACCAGAGAACCAUUUUCUUCAAACCAAAGACCGAAACGAUUCAUUUCUGCCAUAAUUGCUGCUAUGAUUUUUGCGAUAGUCGGAACUGUAUUUGCAACCGGAGUAACAAUCGGCAAUUCCAUCUCCCUUAAAACAUUGAAGGAGAGGUGGAAAGCAUUGAUGCAUUCCAGAAUCAGGAAAUCACUAUAAGUCCGGAUUUAAAUUUUUUGUUAGACAAUAAGCCCAUACAUACCGUUCCUAUGGUUAUUAAAAAGCAUAAUGUUACCAUGGAUACGCCACAAUACUCAUCAACCGACGAUGAGAUAUUGUUUCCCUCUGUCUGGUCAUGGGGGAAAAUUACAUAUGGAGCAUUUUGUUCGCAGUUAUAGUAGGGUGGUUAACUGUAAUCACCGUUUUGGCAAUCCAUUGGAUGAAGUUCAUCAAAAGAACUCUAGAUAAGCUAUGGCUUAAAUCUCGUCGAUUGAGUCUACAUAAUGAGUAUGAUGAAGGAAGAGUUUGAAAAGCCUUUGUAGUUUUCCUGGAAUGUUCGCACUAUGGGGAACAUUUCAAGAAAAAAGGGGGAUUUGUCGGAUUUUCAAAUAAAUGAAUAAUUAAUCAUAAGAAUAUUUAGGUUCAAUAAUAACAUAUAAUUGUUAUUAUUGUAUAUAAUAUAACCUUCUAUUAUUUUAUGUAUACGUGAUUUAUAUAUCAUGCAUAUUAGUAACUAUCAUGUAAUAAUGAGGAAUAAGUGUUUUAUACAAAUUAAUGUUGGAUGGUGAAGAUCCAUGAAAUUCAUUUUCUAAAAAGGAUAACUUAGCUGACCCAGGUGUUUCACAACUUUAAGCUUAAGCGAAUUUCAAAGGUUGUAGAAUCCUUGGUGUCUGUUUGAGUAUAAGAUGGGAACAUCUUAAAGAAUAGAGCCUAUAUGUUUGUUAGGGUAAUAAUUACUCAAAGACCAGACCAAUUUUGAAUGGCUAGUGUGUUUACAAGUAUAUUGUAUGUACCAAAGGUAUUAAGGAAUCAUAAAGUAUUGUUCCAGUCUGUGGCAAUGUCAACAUUAAUGUUUAACACCAGACUAAGGAGGUCAAAGGCUAUUUUGUAUUUUUUUUUUAGAUAUUUUUAGGCGACGAUGUUUGAGGCAAUAGUGCCAUCUACAGGUAGUCUAGGACAUCACGUCCAGGGGUCAAUAAUUGACAUUUUACAAAACAUUUAGAUUAGAUGGUGAUAGUUUAACUUUGGAGACUACCCUUCAAUUCCAGUUGGUUAGUUGAUUAAUCCCAGGGGUUGAGUUUUAGACAGAAAUUAGGGAUAAAUUAGGAGACACUGUAAUAGAAAAGGAACUAAAAAAAGAACUAAGAAGGAACUGGAAAAGAGGACUAAGGAAAGGACUGGAAAACAGAAUUUUAAACUACAAACCAAAUUAAAGAAAAGGAUCAGAUGUCUUAAAGCUCCAGGAAGAGAGGUCAGGGUGACAUCACAGGCCAGUGAGAACUUACAACUGGUAAAUAUAAAUUUCAGUUAUAUUUAAUACCAAUUAAGUUAUCUGCUUGGAUAUUUGUUAUUCCUAUAUAUUGUAUAGUUAUACCCUAAACAUCGACUUUCCCAGCGUUGCAAACUGGGAAUAAUCUGUUUAAUUUGGGUUUAUUUUCAUGUAAUUAGUGACGUCAUCCUGGCGCCUUUUCUUGAGUUUUUUUGUAUUUAUAUGACCCCUACCUCACUUGCAAUUGAUCCUUGAUAAAGGCCCCAAUGCGGGCCGAAACGUUGGAGUGUUAUGGCAAUAAAGAAAAUUUGAACACUUGGAAACCUGGUGUGCUGGUCCAUUCUGAAGGAUACACAUUAUUUUGACCAAAGCACCCACAAAGAAAAACAAAGGCAAGAGUGCAGGUACUGUCUGGACAUUUUGAUAUUGGGGAUAUUUUAUAUCCGCAUUGUACCGAGCACCCCCCAUUUCUUGUGUAAAAUAUCCAGAUAAAAAUAAGGAUAUGGAUGACGGCAACCAAAGGAUUGCUUCUACACAAGGGGAAUACAAGAGAAGAGAUACAGAAAAUCCUAUUCACAGAGACAUACGACGAGACAUUCGGAAGUUUGGGAGCAAAGGAGGCAUAUCAUGAGCUAUUACGCUUAAAGAAGAAGGAGAUUGAACUACACCUCCAUGGCGUCUCCCUAUCCGACUACUAUCGAGAGAACAAAGUUCCAAUGGGCUUUAGGAUUAAUAAUACACCUACCCUGGGAAGAAACAACGCUGACUUCUGCAGACGAUGGUGCCAAGUGCUGGAUCGGUGUUCCCUCGACCUGAUGUUGUUGGUGAUCGAGGAGGUAGGCCGAGAACUAAAAGAGGUCCGCAGUGAUCUUUCCAGCUUCAACAGAACCCACCUUAAAACUUUGCAGAGUGACAGAGAGACGGAAUGGCUGGCGCGUCUGGAAGAACAAACUGGCAAGUACAAAGCAGAGCUGCUGGCGUUCAAGAGCGCGAAUCGCCUGAAAGUGAACCAGGACUACAAGGAGAAUACCGUGCACCUGCCAGCACGAUCGGCACAGAGUGGCGCAUCAGAGAGCGAGGGAGAAGCAAGUGCGCAGGAGACCCCGCGCCAGCAGAUGGCUUUUUUAGGGGACAGCCGGCACAACAACGGAGACCCAGGAAGGCCCCCCGUCGGGGGGGUCGCAGGAACGCCAAUAGACACGCGACUGCAGAGAUAGCGGAUCCCAAGGAAGGGGAAGGAUUAAUAUUCAAUCUCUCCACGUACACACUCACAGAGUCGGAGGAAUCCCUGCUGAAGAAAGGACUGGGAUAUGUACCCUUGGUGAGUGAGAAUUCUUUCUCCCAUGUUAUAAAUAACUUUAAAUUUGCAAGGCAGGUUAGAUUAAAGGAGCGGUUUGGGAGCAUACAGGGGCACAUAAGUGUUGAUAUAAAUGAGGGCCUAGAUGUUCAGGGCACAAGCAGUGAGGCUACGAAUAUAGCCACAGAGACACCUCUCCAAGUGGGAGAUAUAGACCCCGUUAAAAAUGAACCCGAUAUUAUUACCCCUGGGAUGUACACACAAAGUGUUACCACCACUUCGGGCAGAUUCAAAUGAAAAAGCAUGUAUGACCCCGUGAGCACCAACCCUUCAAUAAGAACCUUUACUCGUAUGUUGAAUAUGGAUAUGUCUGCCCAAAAAAAUAGUGAACAUAUUUGGAGGGGUAACCUCACAACAGCAGAAAAAGAAGCCAUUAAAUCUUUGAAGCAAAACAGGGAUAUCAUAAUUAAGUCCGCUGAUAAAGGCGGGGGGAUUGUCAUCAUGGAUUACAGCUAUUACAAGCAAGAGCUUAUGUCGCAAUUAGCCGACCUUUCUAAAUAUGACAAAUUGAUUUAUGACCUGACCAAUAAAUUUGGUGAAGAACUGAAUGUAAUCCUCAUGACUGCUAUGAAUAAUGGGUGGAUCUCGAAGGAUAUGUAUCACUAUUUUAUGCCAAACCAUCCGAUUCGGCCAGUAAUCUAUACGUUACCUAAGAUACACAAGAACGCCCAGAGACCGCCGGGACGGCCAAUAAUAUCCUCAAAUGGCUCACUUAACGAAGGCAUUGCAGAAUAUGUGGACUUCAUAUUGCAACCUUGUGUACGGAACAUUUAUGGGUAUCUAAAGGAUUCUGGGGAUUUUUUGGAAUUAAUACAAAGUAUUGAUGUUGAAUUGAUGGAUGCAAUCUUGGUGACUAUGGAUGUGCAGAGCCUCUACACCUGCAUACCACAUGAUGCAGGUGUGGAGGCGGUGCGCGAAUUGGUCACCAACAACCCGUUGUAUGAAGGUCCCCCCAUUGAAUUCAUACUUACCUUACUUGAAUUUAUCUUGCAUAAGAAUUAUUUUAAGUUUGAGACACAAUAUUAUGUACAAAACACAGGGACAGCCAUGGGGUCAAAAGUGGCCCCUGUAUACGCAAAUGCAUUUAUGCACAAAUUUGAGAGACCACAUUUUCAGCAAUGAGAUCUUCAGGCGGCAUGGGGCCUUCUACAGGAGAUACAUCGAUGAUGUAUUCUUCCUGUGGUUGGGCUCAGCUAAUAGUCUGGAAGACUUUGUGAAAUAUCUAAAUGGUCUAGAGAGCCCAGUAAAAUUUACUGAGAAAUAUAGUACACAGAGUAUGGAGUUCUUAGAUGUGAAAGUGUUCAAAGACAAAGGGACAUUACAGACCAGUAUCUAUACAAAACCCACAGACAGGAACACACUUGUACAUUACCACAGCAACCAUCCCAGGCACCUAUUAAACUCUCUGCCAAAAUCACAAAUGUUACGUGUGGUGAGAAUAAAUAGUGACACUGCUCAGAGAGAACAAGAUCUGACUAAGAUGCAACAAAAGUUUUUGGAGAGGGGUUACCCUAAAAAACUAUUGGCAGAUUCAAAAGAAUGGGCACUUUCUUUAGAUAGACAACAGAUUGAACAAAAAUAAAAGUAAAAAUAAUGAAAAUGAUCUUUACUAUACAAGUCAAUAUGGACCAGACAGCUCAAAAGUCAGAAAAACUGUUAUACAACAUUGGCCCAUAGUAACCAGUGAUGAAUCCAUUUCUAAAAAAACUCCCCAAAAAACCUAUAUUCAGCUACAAAAGGGGUAGAAAUCUAAAAGAAAUACUAAGUCCCUCAGAUCCAGUCAAUAAAUAUCAAUAAAUAUCAAAAAGCAAAACCACCACAUUUUCUAUCAGAACAACCAGGUGUCUAUAGAUGCCCCGGCUGUGUGAUGUGUGGAACAUUAAUACAAGGGACAAGCUUCACACACCCACACACAGGCAAGAGAUAUGAUAUCCGACAAAGGUUAACCUGUGAAAGUUCAAUGGUGGUAUACAUAAUCAAAUGCCCUUGCGGUCUUGUAUACUGUGGGAAGACCAUCAGACAAUUAAAGGAACGGAUUGCUAUGCAUAGAUCUAGCAUAAGGGCAGCUCUAGAUCCAGAUAGAUUGCAAAAGAAUAGGCAGAAAAAACAAGAUAUCUCUCAACAGUUAGUGGCCAAACAUUGGGUAGAAGCUAAACACAGCCCAGCGACUUUUAGAUGUAUGCCUAUAGAUCAGAUCCCCAAGAGAGCGAGAGGGGCAAAUUAUGAUAAUAUGCUUUUGAAAAAAGAGGCAUACUGGAUUCAUGAAUUAGACUGUUUGGCUCCCAAAGGACUUAAUGGUCAGUUAGUACUUAACUGUUUUCUCAAUUAAAGAUUUCCUCUCUGACAGUAAAAUACCUAGAUGAGUUUUUAUAAUGUAACAGAAUAAGAUGGUGUUUUAGAAUAUAUGGAAACAUUGUUUAUAAUAUAUAGUAACAUAUAAUCGUUUUUUUCUCUCUAGGAGACAUUACACUGUAUCUGUCGUUUUUUCAAGAUAAAGUAAGCAACAACCAGUACUUUUAAAUGUGGAUUUCAAUGUUUUGUAUAAACAUAUUUUUUAUUCACUGUUGAGGUUAAAUUAACCGUUUUAUUACAAUCACUUGUAUAAUACACACAAUGGUACACUAGUGACAUCUAGUGGAUAAAUUUUAUAUGACAUGUUCUUAAACUCACAUUGUACUGUUUCUCACCAAUCACAUUGAUCAUGUAAUUAGUGACGUCAUCCUGGCGCCUUUUUUUGAAAGUUUUUUUGUAUUUAUAUGACCCCAACCUCACUUGCAAUUGAUCCUUGAUAAAGGCCCAAAUGCGGGCCGAAACUUUGGAUGCACGAGUGUUAUGGCAAUAAAGAAAAUUUGAACACUUGGAAAUCUGGUGUGCUGGUCCAUUCUGAAGGAGAUAUAUAUCCAAGCUAGUGACUUAAUGGGAAAGUAAAAGAUUGAGGGUAGAAUGCCUUAAACAGACCAGAUCAGUAACAUAUUCCUCCUUUGAUUCCAAUACCUUAUUAUUAGUAAAAGUGUAUAUUGUAUUGUGGAUGCUUGCCGUGUUGAUGAUUUUGGUCUUAUCAAUUAAUAUCUGUUGGUGAAUUUUAUUUUGAGUUUGUAUCAAGAAGUAUUUGGUAAAUUUUGUAAGAAGUAAUAAUUUGAUUUGUUAUUAUUAUCAUAUAUAAAUUAAUUAUUUUGAUAAAUAGUUGUUCUGAUUUUUCA